UCACUCUACAAAAUCAAAACCAGAAAGAAACUUAAAAACAAAAAAAACUAAACUGUACACUGUAUUUUCCAUUUCUAGUCUCUUCUUCCUUUGGAUUCUCCGAUCAUACACGGCCCCUCAUUUUCUCACUCACCCUCUCUCCGAUCAUCAUAAAAACAGGUGCAAAUUAAUUCUCUUCCUUUUUCAUAAAUCAUUUGGUUGAUUCAUUUAGUUUAAAUGGCACCGAGCACCAUCCGUAAAGCGAUCGGAGCUGUAAAAGAUCAAACCAGCAUAAGCAUAGCUAAAGUGGCGGGCAACAUUGCUCCUGACCUUGAAGUUUUAGUUGUUAAAGCUACAAGCCAUGAUGAUGAACCAGCUGAUGGCAAAUAUAUUAACGACAUUAUUACUCUUACGUCUCGCUCUAGAGGUUAUGUUACUGCCUGUGUGGCUGCGGUGUCUAAGCGUUUGAGUAAAACCCAUGACUGGAUUGUUGCCAUCAAAGGGUUGAUGCUUGUGCAUCGCCUUUUGGUUGAUGGGCACCCUUCUUUUCAGGAGGAAAUUGUGGUGAGUACUAGGAGGGGUAUGCGGGUUUUGAAUUUUUCGGAGUUUCGAGAUGAGACUAAUUUGCAUUCGUGGGAUCAUGUCGCUUUUGUUAGGUUUUAUGCUUUGUUUCUUGAUGAGAAAAUUGAUGUUGAAGUUGCUGUGAGGAAAUGGAGAGGUGGUGAUGGAGAAGAUAGGAGACUGGGUUUCGAUGAGAGUAAUGAUGGAUUUCGAGCAAGAGAUGAUAGUUUUGAUUAUGCGAUGAGUAGGAGAUCGAGGUCUUAUGGUGAUAUGAACGAUGGUGGUGAUGAUUCGGUUGGGAGGGAUAAGUGGAAAGAGGGUGGUAGUACUAGUACUCUGAUUAGGCAAAUGAAACCGGAAAUGGUUUUAAGAAAAUUGUGUCUGUUGUUGAGAAUGCUUGAUAGAGUUUUUGCUUGUAGACCGACGGGAAUGGCUAAGAAUAGUAGGUUGGUGCUUGUGUCGCUUUAUGCUCUUGUCAAGGAGAGUUUUGUGUUGUAUGCUGAUAUAUGUGACGCGCUAGGGGUGGUGUUGGAUAGAUUUACAGAGAUGGAGUAUGAAGAUUGUGUUGAGGGGUUUGAUAUGUAUGUUAGUGCUGCUAAGAUGAUCGAUGAGCUUGUUGGGUUUUACGGUUGGUGCAAGGAUGUUGGGGUUGCGAGAUCAUCUGAAUUCCCUGCUGUGAAGAGAAUUACUGAUCAGCUGUUGGGUACACUUCAAGGAUUUUUGAAGGAAAUGAGAAAUAGGUCAUCAUCUAAGAGUCCUGAGAGAAAUAAGGAAGAAAAGAUUCCGAUCAAGCCAGAGGCAGAGGCAGAGUCGAAUAUGACGGAGAUUAAGGCUCUUCCUCCACCGGAAAAUUAUUACCCUCCAACGCCUCCUGUGCCUCAGCCAAAGCCACAGCCUCGUCAGGUAUCGACAGAGGAUUUGGUUAAUUUGAGGGAUGGGGUUUCAGCUGAUGAGCAGGGCAACAAAUUGGCUCUGGCAUUGUUCUCUGAACCGCCAACUUCAGAUACAAACGGUGCUUGGGAAUCGUUUCCGACAAACGGAGAGGCUGAAGUAAUUUCAGCGUGGCAGACGCCAGCUGCUGAGAGCGGUAAAGCCAAUUGGGAAUUGGCAUUGGUAGAAACAGCUAGUAAUCUGUCAAAGCAAAAAGCUGAUUUAGGGGGCGGAAUGGAUCCCUUACUACUUAACGGAAUGUACGAUCAGGGAGUAGUAAGACAACAUGUGAAUGCUACGCAAUUCAGCUGUGGGAGCGCGAGUAGCGUGGCACUGGCCUUAUCAGGGAAGAGUACAACACCGGUGUUGGCAUUACCCUCAGCAGAUGGGACAUUCCAGCCAGUCGGUAACCAGGAUCCAUUUGCUGCAUCGCUUGCAAUUCCGCCUCCUUCAUAUGUGCAGAUGGCAGAUAUGGAGAGGAAGCAGCACUUGGUGGUUCAAGAAGAGCAGCUCUGGCAACAGUAUGGAAAGGAUGGGAUGCAUGGUCAAGUUGGUUUGACUCAGAUCAACAGGUCCGGAUACUAUGGCCUCAUUACUCAGCCGCAGCCGGGCGGCUACUACUAUACACACCAAUGAGCCUUGAUGGCAUGCAUUUUUCUUUUUGGAUUGCAGUCAUAUGUUUUAUGAUCUCCAAUGAGCUUUAUACAAAAGGUAUAAAAUUGUUAUAUGAUGAUUUUUAAUAUUAUAAUUUUGCUACUAUAUAGUAAUAAUAAAAUGUUUGAGCAAUCAUAUUUAUCA